AUUACAUUACGAGACAGUGCGUCGAGAGAAACAUGAAGGUAUUGAUAUUUGUUGCGUUUUUCGCAACGACGAUUUUCGCCGAAACUCCGGUCGGUCGUCAGCGAUACUUCGUUGCCCAACCGUCAUCCGGGCAAUCCGCUCCUUAUGCCCCGAGAGGAUGGAAACCGGACGGUCCGUCUUUCGACUUGCCCGGACGUCAGAAUCAGCCGAGUGUGAACGUUCGUUAUCCGCAGAACAUUGGCCCCGUUGAUCAACAACAACGACAACAACCGUCGUCGCAAUUCGGUCCUUUCGAGAUUGAAAUCGACCUUGCACCAGCUAUACCGGCCGACUCGCCACGCGUCAAUGUUCAGCCGCAAGUUCAAUCGCAGUACCGUGAACCGAGUCGUGUGUAUGGUGCACCUAGCCAACAAUUCCCUGAUCCCCGAGAAACUUAUGGUCCUCCAGUGCAGCGACCCAAUAUUCAUUUUGAUAAUCAGUAUGGAGUGCCUGCUCAAGGCAGAUUCAACGUUCCAAACAAUCAACAAUUCGCCCCUGCUCCGCAACAAGAGCUUACUCCUCCAAGCUUAUCAAAUCCAAACGUCUUUAAUCCUGCACGUGCUCAGCAACCAUCUAAACUGUCGAAUCCUACGAAUCUGUACGAUGCUCCAAAACAGUCACAGUACAUCCCACCUAACUUUGACAACCAGUACGAUGUACCAGUGAAUCAGUUUGAUUCUCCAAACAAACAAUCUCCGUAUCAGUCCAGUGCGACUAACGUUCAAGAAUUUAACACUCCUACCAAACAGCCGUUUGGGCUUAACAAUGCAAAUGAGAAUGAGUACAGAGCCCCAGCUAAGCAGCAAUUUGGAGUUGGGCCCAAUAUCCAGGAUCAAUUCAAUGAACCUGGUCAAGAUGAAUUUGGAGUACAGCAUCCACAAACUUCAAAUAGGGAACCAAAGUUUGAAAAUGACCAGAGAAAUACGAGCCCAAGAAAUCCCAGUGCUGUACCUAAUCAGUAUCCGUUAAACGAAAAUAAUGUACCCGUCAAUCCUAAUAAUCGUUUCGGACCCCGAAACCCAUCUUACAAUUUUGGUUCAAGAAUUCCACAAAACAAUUUUGGACAAUCGAGCCCUCGAAAUCCGGUCGGAAGUCAAAAUUCUCAGAAUCGAUUUGGAAACGAUAAUAGUCAAUAUCCCCGAGUCCCGGACAGUCGUUAUGGUGCACCGCCACCUAACCAGUAUCAGACACCUCGGUUUGGAAUCCCAAAUCCAGAAUCAAAUAAUUUCAACAGCCCCAGACCUCAAUACAAGGACGAAGAAUUGACAACCACUGAAGAAUCAACAUCGACCGAGGAAAUCGAAUCGACGACAGUGGGCGGUGCUCUUGCUCAAUCUGAAUCGGAAGAAGCAAAUACUUCGGAUGAAUUCAGCGAUGAGGUUGAAGACACCGAAAAACCCAGCCAGUCGACUAGGCUCGCGAAGCCUCAACGAGGCGAAUAUUAUGUAUCUCUUCCCGAUGGACGUCUGCAGCGAGUUCGUUACAUCAGUCAACAAGACAUCGAAGCCAUGCGAUAUUUUGCCAAGAUACGGGCCGAAAACGUGGAGCCUCUUCGUGGACCCAUAUAUGCAUACGCGCCACUUCAAGAAAUCAAAAUUGGCUCGGAAUCUAUCCCAUCCGAGUCUCUGAGCGUUUCUGCGUCCGAAUUGAAGCCGCAAAGUACCGAUGUUGAUGGAGUAAAGGUGAAUGCGAUUAAACCUUUGGCGCAGGUUCAGUACCAACUUGACAAUCCUGCGGGUUUUUUGUUGCCCCUUACGUCUAGCUACUCAACUUUUUCGGCAAACUAUGCAAACUCUCCGAAUGAAGAAAGAUUAAUAGUUGCUAUUCCUUAAAGUUUUUGGACUAACAAUUUUCCCCAGAAAUGUGUCAUUAAAAAUGUGAUAAGAUUUCAAAACAAUUAUUUCCAGUACUGUAAGCUAUUUGAAAAAUAGCCCGUACAUUGUGCCAUGUACAGAUCUUUAUGAAAGUUUAUUUGUAGUAUAAAAUUGUGAAUAAUAUUAUGAAACAAUA